UUCAGUCUGCUGGAGUGUUGGAGUUUUGGAGCACCUGCUGGAGCAGCGCUGUUGAGUUAGGAAGAGCUGGGGAAACCGGAAUAGGAUCAUAUUUCAGACGAUUCAGUCGGACUCAGCGAACCGGUUCAUCAAGUUUACUAAAAAGAUUCAAAAGAUCGAUUCGUCCAGGAAGCGAUCAUCUCUAGUUGACACACACACACACACACAUGACCGGUUACUACUUCUCUAUCAGAUGAUUUAGUACACUAGAAACGGCUUACUCGAGCAGACUCUGUCAGCCUGUGCAGAAAUUUGACAUUAUUUACAUUUGCUGCAUAAGUAUACAUAAGUGAACGUAUAUCGUACAGUAGUAACAUAUGGCUUGUGCGCAGCGUUAUGUCAACAAAGUUGUCAUCGUCACUGGGGGCACUAGAGGCAUUGGAAGGGGCAUCGUUAAAGUGUUUGUGCAAAACGGAGCCAAAGUUGUGUUCUGCGCACAAGAGACUGAGUUGGCUGCUGGCCAGUCUCUUGAGUCUGUGCUGAAUAAGGAAGGACUGGGAUCAUGCACGUUUGUGUCAUGCGACGUGACAAAAGAGGACGACAUCAAGCGAUUAAUCAGUGUGACGAUCGAGAGGUUUGGACAAAUAGACUGUUUGGUGAACAACGCUGGGUGGCACCCCCCUCACAAGACCACAGAUGAAACCACUGCGGAAGAGUUUAGAGACCUGCUUAAUCUGAACCUCAUCAGUUACUUCCUUACUUCAAAGUAUGUUCUGCCGUUUCUGCGUAAAACACAAGGAAACAUCAUCAAUUUGUCCAGCCUUGUCGCCUCAAUAGGUCAGAAAGAUGCGGCUCCCUAUGUGGCAACCAAGGGGGCGAUCACCGCCAUGACUAAAGCAAUGGCUGUGGAUGAGAGUCGCUAUCAAGUGAGAGUGAACUGCAUCUCUCCAAGCAAUAUAAUGACGCCUCUGUGGGAGGAGCUUGCUGGCCGCACAGAAGACGCUGCUGCCACUAUUAAGGGGGGAGAAAAUGCUCAGCUGAUUGGUCGAAUGGGAACGGAGACUGAGAGCGGAUUAGCUGCCCUCUUCUUGGCAGCUGAUGCCACUUUCUGUACUGGGAUAGAUUUGUUUCUGAGCGGAGGGGCUGAACUGAACUACGGCUUCAAAAGCCAAAUUCCAUAACCGGACAGUGAUGGAAAGGCCCAUGAAAUAAUAUGGCUUAAUUUCUCAUCUCAGACCGCUUGUUUCAUGCUGCUUCUCAGUGCAACUAUUUGCAGAUUUUGCAAAUUGUUUUUUUUUUUUAAAUCA